UAAUAAGUGGAUGAACUUUUGCUUUGCACUACUUAUCUAGAACGGCACCCGUCGUUCUGAAAAGAGCGCCUUGUUCAUUCCGCUGCUCGUAUUUCCCAAAAGGCAUUGCAAUCGUUUACGGCGUAAACGUCAUGCCUGCCGCUCCAACUGAGCCAACUGAACUGCUCCAUUACCUCCCACAGCACCGAGUUUUAAUUUGCAAGGAAUGCCAAUAUGCAAUCCAGCCAUCGGCUAUUUCCCGCCACCUGAAAGAGCUCCACAGGAUAUAUCGCUCUAACCGCCAGAAGUUCAUGAAAUAUGCUGAGGGGCUGGAUCUUGCCGACCCGGCAUAUGUUAUUCUUCCAGGACCCAACGAAGGCCCUGUGCCUUUCUUACCCACGAUAGGUGGCCUCGCUUGUGUGGUUAUCGGAUGCCAUUAUCUCUGUGCCACUGACAAGCGCAUGAAGAUGCACUGGAGCGCAGAGCAUAGUGGGGUUGUAGCGGGCGAUACUCAGUGCUAUCUGGUUAAAUUACAGACGUUCUUUCGAGGCAACCAGCUGAGAUACUUUAUAGUACGCCAUUCGCGUACAGCCCAGUCCCAGCCAGAACGACACUCAGUUGUCGGCAGCAAGACCACCACUUCUGGAAUCAGCACACUAGACACGUCGUUGAGCUGCGAAUCUCCCGUGGCCAUUCCUGAAGACUCCAGGCUCCUCGAGCAUUUUCAGAGCUCCACGUGCUUCGAACUUGGAGAUAGUGCAAUUAAUAUAUCCUGUUGGCAGUCGGAUGUCCCAGAACUAGCAGCCAAAUACGCCUUUUUACAACAUGGCAUUAUAGCUUGCGCAGCACUGCAUUUCGCAUUUCUUAACCCCUCCGAAGGGCAACGGUACCAGCUAAUAGCAGCACAUCACCAGAACAUAGCGUUACCAGAAUUCCGCUCUGAAAUAAAGGACGCAAACAUUAACAACUACCUUGCGCUGCUGGCAUUUACGCAGCUCCUCAUCAUACACUGCUUUGCCGCGGAUAAGCACGAUGAGGACCUCCUACUCGUACAAGGGCGGGACGACCAGUCUCUCCCAGACUGGCUGCAUGUUAUCCGUGGCAGUUGUGACAUCUUUAAGCCAGUAUCGCAAUAUGUCGCAAGCUUACCCAAUGUAGCUGCGAUGAUGGAACUCGAUCUCCGAGACCGAAGCCCCGAGAGGUCAGAUUAUGAUAGACGUCUCCGCGGACUCUUCGAUUUAAUCAAUUCUAACAUGGCGCAAAACAUAGAGAACGUCGAGGGCAGUUUCUCCCAUUUACUAUCGACUCUGCGUCUUCUCUCCAGGGCGUUUACAAAGGCACAGGUGGCCCAGUCGCGAAACACCUACUCACUGUGGGUUGCACUACAUGUAUGGCCGGUGCGAGUUUCACAGGAAUAUUUGAAUCUUUUGAAACAGAGGCAUCCGAUCGCGCUUAUUUUGCUAGCACAUUAUUGCAUAUUGCUUCUACCGCUAAAGGUAAACUGGUACAUGAGUAGCUAUAGUAGGAGAUUGAUAACUCGUAUUUAUGGCCAGUUGGAUGAAGAAUGGCGACCAUGGUUGCAGUGGCCGUUGGAGGAAAUUGAACUGCAGUGUGGCUGAGUGCGUGUAGGAUUAAGACGAUUAUACCCUUUAUGCAGGAGGAGAAUGAGAGUAGUGGGUGAUGAGAAAAGGCUAUGAGAAUGGGACGGUGCUGCUUGCGAUUCGAUUGUGAGUAUAUGGCGGCGUUGUGAUCUUAGGAAGCAUGCAGUUUAUCCUACAGCGCGUGGUUAAGAGUACGUAUAGGAACGUAUAGGAAUUUUCGAUCCGUCGUUGUGAUGUUCGAUAUGUUAGUG